GGAAAUAAUUAUGAUUGUCUGAGCAAUUGUAAACAUUAAACAUAUCAUUGAGGUUGAAAUUUGAGCAUUUGGGCAGACACAGCUUUUUGCUGUAUUUGUAACAAUGAAGAUUAUAAAACAAAAAGACUUAUUAAACUCAUAAAAAUUUAAGUCUUUGAAUAAAUAUGUAAGAAUAAAAUAUAAACCAUGCUUCGAUAUUGACGUGAAUAUUUAUGAAUGACGACCUGAAUUAAGUGCAUGAAUCUGAUUCUGAUAAUUUGAACAGACUGAACUAAAUCGCAAUGUCAAUGUUUAUUAGUUUAAUUAUUAAUUUAUAAUUUAUAUUAUUAUUUAUUAGUAGUAAUUUAUCAUUGAAUUGUUUAUUAAACUUUUAGUUACGGCUAAUUUGGAAAGAAAGUACCCUGAUGUCAUUUGCGUGUCUUGUCCAUAGUUCCGAUGGGGUCAAAACCCUGGUUCUGAGUGAUACUGACUACUGACUGAUAUCAUAGGGUCAUAACCCAGGUUAGGUUUAGGGAUAGAUUUAGGGUUCAGGUUAGGUUUAGGGAUACAUUUAGGAAAAAAAAUGUGCGGGUCUCCGCAACCAAGAUGUCGGCUGCGGUACUAUUCUCUCCAAAUUUAUCUUAGUUACUUUUUUUAGUCUAGUCAGUCUAGUAAAGUCACCUUAGUAACUAGAAAGCUUGACUAAACUAAGCUAAGCUCUUAGUCUUAGUAAAGUCUUAGCUCUUAGUCUUAGUUUCACUGUUACUGGUGACUAGACUAGUGUUACUCUCACUCCGCUAACACUACUACAGUCUAGAACUACAGUUACAGUGGCUUCACUGUCUACAGACUUAUUUAUUAACUAAUUUAGCCCUACUUAGUUACUACUCGUCUAGUAAAGUCACUUUAGUUAUAGAAACCUGACUAAACUAAGCUCUUAGUAAAGUCUUAGUCACUCUGUUUCUACUACUACUACAGUCACAGUCUAGGACUACGACAACAGUUACAUUAUCUACAGACUCAGACUUACACUAACUUAGGUCUACUUAGUUACUACUUUUAGAGUAGAUUAGAAUUUACUUCAACUUUUAGUUAGUAAGGAAAAGAAGUAAGAUUUUAAAUUUAGGGUAGAGUCUAAGUCUAAAACUCAGAAUCUAAGUCACUAAAAGUAUAGGUCAAAGCAAGGGAACUAACUUUGAAUUAAAAAAUACCAAUAUUCCAAUAAAGACCCUUGGCAAGCCUUGGUCUUACUCUUACUAACAGUGAGUAUUAGUUUAUAAAUAUUGCAAGUUUACUACUUAGUAAGAAAAGGACUAGAUGCAGCCUAGACUAGAGUAAGAAGAAGAAGCCAAAGAUUUAAAAUCGCCAUCAAUUUAAUGAUUUACAUUCGUCAUUUACAUGGUCAUGGUACCCAAUCUCUGCUGUUCAGAGUUAAGUCAACAGUGUUUUCAGUGAAACUGAAUUUUUAAAACAAGGAUUUGUUUAUUUUUUUUACUUUUAUCAAAAAUAAUAAAAAUAGUUUUUACAAAUUUAAAAAAAAAAAGAAAAAAAAGCCAUUUUUAAAAAUUAAUAUGUGAAUAAUUAUCGUUGAUCUUAUUUUAUGACUGUUAUUUAAAAAUCAAGUGGUACCUAAUCUUAUGCAAGUGACUUUUCUAAAAGCGUUAAAAUCUUAAUAUUUCUUGCAACUAAGGAACAACUAAAAAAUUACCUCAUACAUCCUUUCCCAGAGGAAAAUAUUUCAUAUUUUUCCACUAUUAAGUACCAAUAUGGAUCUGAAUAUUUAUUAGAAAAUUGAAGUUUUAGAGAUCUUCAAUAAAUUUGUGUAUUAAAAUGGGUGAAUUAGAGUUCCCGCAAAGAUGGAGGAAGAAAAAAUAUCAAUAUUUACAUCAGAGACAUCAUUUCAUUUUUUUUUUUGGGAGGGGUUGGGGAACCAAAACUUGGCCUGCUUGUUGAGUUUUUUUUAUUACUGGAGGCGCCAUCGUACAGAGCAAUGUAAACAAGAAUUUUGUCUGAUUACAAUUUAUGUUUUGUAUUGUUUAUUUUAAAUGAAUGAAAAGUGCUUUUUUUUUCGUAUUUAUUUUCUGCUAAAGUUGAUUUUCUACUGUCCUAGCUACCGACACCUAGUAAAAAAAAAAUCCUACAAAUGGGGGGGGGGGGGGCUAAGGCUCCCCCUGCCCUACCCAAAUUAUGUCCCUGGUUUACAUCCUUCUUUAAUGGAUAAAUCAAACCUUUUAAAUGAAACAGUUUGUUUAAACCCCACUUAAUGUAAUUUUUAAAAAAAAUUGGCUAAUUUGGAGAGAUAGGCCCCCGACGUCAUUUGCUUGUUUUGUUUUGGAUUCACUCCCCUUAUUUUUUUGUUAAUAGAGUUACAUUUUCCUAAAUAUCACGAUAAUUAAAAUUUAAAAAAAUGGAUUCAGAUGAAAUAGACAGGAAUUUUAGAUGUAAUAAUAGAUAUUUAUUGGUUAAUUAUGCUAGCUGUAGUGUUUGUAAUAAUUAACAAAGUAAAGUCAACAUCAUCCCACUUUACAAAGUUAUUGAUUUACCGUCUUCUAACAUUGUUUGUAGCGCUCCUUUGAAGGGAUAUUAGCAUAGUUGUACUGUUUUGACCACAGUUGAUUUUAAAUAUUAUAAUAAUUUAAAGGAUUUUGUCAUUUUUAUUUAAGAAUAAAUAUUUUUUUCUUUAAAUUUUAUAAUAUUAUUAUAAGAUUAAAAUAUCGUAUAGUCCGUAGACAUGGAAUUAUUCAGGGUAAUAUACUUUAAUUUUCAUCAUGAAUAAUGUUCAAAUAGUACUCACAUUCGUACCUAGAUUUGGGAAAUAUUUGUCCUAAAAAAACUCAGAUUUAGUUCCCGGUGAAAAUCUCAACCCAGUUUUUCCCUAAUCGCAAACCCACAUCAUUUUUACAUUGGCAAAUUGAAAUACAUUUUUUUCAGAAAAUAAUAUUUUCACAAUUUAGAAUUUAAAACCAAAAAAUAAGGAAAAUAAAAGUUCAAUAUGAUUAUAAAAAUAUUCGCAUUAUAAAUUUUAAUGAAAGUACAGGACAAAUCCAUGUGACAUUUUUUAAAACAUACAUCAUUUAUCUAAAUGAAGUUGCAUAAUUUUCUGGUGAGUAGCAUUAGGGCCAACAUGAGGGGCAGUUGCCUGGGUUUCACAUGUUUCAUAUUAGAGUAGAGCUAUAUUGUCUAUUCUAAAACUAAAUGCGAAUGAACCAAAUUAAGCAUAAGUGUGUUAGGCAAGAAUUGAUUUUACUAAGGCCUUUUCUUAAUAUCUCUGUAUAUUUCAGUUUCACAAUGGAGUUACCGCACUUUCCUGAUAUUGAACGGGCCAUUGAAUAUGCAGAGGUAAACUAGUGUUAAGCAAAUUAUGGAAAAAUAAUAUGAAACUAAUUAAUGAGUGAAUAAUUAUUUUUGUGAUUCAAAGAUUGCCCAUAGGAUGCAAAUUUAUAUCAUUAGACUAGCACGACAUGGCAGCGAGUUAUUCAGCUCAGUGUUUAUUUUUGAAAGAGCAAAUAGUGAACUACAGAGUGGAAACAAAGAUAAAUCUCUUUUUACUUAAAAUCUUUUUGGAUUUCUGAUAGACAAAGACUACUUCUAAAUUUCUAAUGUUAAUGAAAAUUAUGUAAAUUAAGGCAGGGUCUAUUAGUUUUGUAACUGUUCCACAGUAUGUUCUUGCCUGCUCAGAUCAAAGUCCUGCAACAUUUGUAAAGUCAAGCACAGGGUCUUCAAACAAGAGGUACAUAAUAAGUUACAUAUGAAGACUUUAUUGUCAGUGUCUCCCAUAUGAUCUUUAUUAUUUUUGUUUGUUUGUUUGUCGAAAGCUGUGAUACUUUUGAUUUUCUUUUCAAUUACUUAAUUGUUUCUAUGUUUAAGUUAAAUUUGUUUUUAUGCCACCCAUGACGCUUAUAUUUUACAUAAUAAUAGGAGAUAAGAAUUACCAUUGUAAGUAGUGUAAUUCUUUCACCUUACCCCAGCUAUUACAAGUAUAAGUAGUGUAAUCCUUUCCCCUUAACCAGAUUUUUUUUUUUCUUUAUGGACUUAGUUACUAGUCUUCAUGUCAUCAACACUAUACCUUCUAUCAAAUUAGCUGUGCCUGUGCAAUCAAAUGUUGCAGUUGUGAAAAAUAUUUUCAACAUUUACAUUGAAUUAACUAACACCUAAUAUGAAUUCUUCAGUGAAAAAAUGGUUAAUAUGAUUUGAUACAUAUUGAAUUCACCUAACAAAGCUAGUAGCUGCAUUGGUUGUGGUUUUGAAUCUUAUGGUUUAAAAAAGCUGAAACUUUUACUAAAUAUAUUUUUUGUUCUCACAAUGUUAACGCAAAUUAUCAGUUUUAGGGAAAAAAAAGGAAUAACUGAAUGUAAAGUAUACUUUUAUUGUUUACAAACUCAAAGUUUAUUUUAAUAUAAUUUCACUUUUAAGCAAAUCCAUACAUCAGAAGCUUUUGGAUCUUUACAUUGAGGAGACAAUGAAGGAGCCAGAGAACAAGGUUUGUAAUUACUUCCCUCUGAUUUUAUUUCAUAUUUACUUUUAUCAGCCUCCAAUUAUUAAUUUUAUAAUAAUUCUUGAUUUAAUUGGAAAGAGAUGGUAAGUCUUUUGUCUCUGGGGGCCACAUUGGCAUCUGUGAAGUCUCUAGUGGGGGACACGUGACAAAAAUCUAAAAUUUACUAAAUAAUUAAAUUCAUUUUCAGAAAUAAAUGUAUUUCUUAGUCAUGUAACUUUGGUAUACAAAGAAAGAAAAAAAUAAAUAAAAUUGUAUGUACUCAAGUUGAUUCUAAGCCUGGUUGUUGUAAAAUGACUACAGUACUCAGUUAUCAUUAAUUGGAUGUUUAGCUGUUGUUUACAAUUCAGUCCAAGGUUAAAACCUGGGCCAUGCUACUCAAACAUUUAUCAUUAAUGGGAUGUUAAGCAGUUAUUUACAAUUCAGCCCAAGGUUAAAACUUGGGUAAAACCUGGGCCAGCCACUGGUCAUAGCUUGUUGCCCAGCUCUGACUUAAAGUGUAAUUAGUUUUUGAAAUUUUUUUGAACAGGUUUUAUUUUUGAAUUAAACAAUCCCUAAAACAAAGUUUUUCUUAUAAAUCCUUUCUAUGCAUUUGUUAUUCUGUUGUUUUAUAUUCAUAUUCUAAUGUCCCACCCGCAGCAUUUACACCGGAAAUUUAUUACACCAACUUGAAAAUUAAAGGUAAUGUUAUCCACCAAACGCACUUGCGAUAUUUAAAAGAAAAAAAAUCUCAUUUAGCGCAGUUUUCAGGAAAUUUAUUUUGUGAAAUCAGGGGGCAUCAUUUCCUUCAUCUUCCUCUUGAAAAACAGUUUUAAAAAACAGAUUUGGUGGGGGUGGGGGGGGGGAGGAUCACAGGAGGAAAUAAACAGAGAAAACAACAUAAAUGAACAAUGUGAAAGGAUAAAAAAUGCUGUGAAAAGAUCAGCAAAAAAAGUAGUAGGAUUCCAGCAAACUAACAAUAGAGUAGGCCGGUUUGGUAAUGAAUGCAGGGAGACUGUCGAAGAAAGGAGGAACAAAGCACGAAUAACCAUGAUACAAAGGGAAACCAGAAAGAUAAGACAAGCAUACAAGGAAACCAGAAGGAAAGCCACAAAAAUGUGUAGGCAUCAAAAGAGGGAAUGGGAAAAAGCUAAGCUAAAAGAAAUAAAAGACUUGUCAAGAGAGGGAAACAUCAGAGGAAUGUACAUGAAGAUAAAAUAUUAAAAGAAUGGUAUACCAAGCCAGACCGCAAGCGUGUGAGAGCAAAUAUGGAGAAUUAAGUAUGGAAUAUAGUAAAGUACUCGAGAGGUGGGCUGAAUAUUUUGAGGACAUACUAAAUGCAGACAAUAAACAAGAUGAACAUUAUCAACCACCCUGAGGAGGACCAGACCCAUAAAUUAACUCCCCAAUUCUAGAAGAAUCUACAGAAUUAAUCAAUUAUAAGAAAACCCAAAAAGCCCCUUGAGAAGACAUCAUCACAGUAGAACUUAUUAAAUAUGGAGGAAGAGAACUACACACUCAGGCACAUUAACUUAUUACUAAAAUUUGGCAAGAAAGGAGAAUUCCAACAGAAUGGGAAACAGCAUUAAUAACCCCAAUACACAAGAAAGGUUCCAAACUUCAAUGCACAAACUACAGAGAAAUUUCCUUACUAAAUGUUCCAUACAAAAUAGCGAUAAAACUAAUUGCUAAAUGACUACAACCAUACCAUGAAGAAAUACUAAUUCACUAACAAUGUGGAUAAGACUAUGAUAAGAGAAUAACAGACAGAUAAAGCCAUUAAAAUUAGAAACCACACUUUAAAAAAAGUAAAUCAAUUCAAAUACCUACGAUCUUUAUUAAAUGAAAGAAACAAAAUUACUAACAAAAAUAAAAGAAAGAAUAUCAGCCAGAAAAUACUCAAAAGUAAAACAUUACAAGGAACACAAAGAAACUACAUCUAUUUAUAAAAUUGUAAUCAGACCAGUUGUAACAUACGCAAGUGAAACUUUGACCCUAACAAAAAUGGCAGAAAACACAUGGGAGAGAAAAGUUAUCUGGAAAAUAUAUGGACCAACAAAGGAUGAAUAUGGAUGGAGAAUACGAACCAACCAGGUAUGGUACAGUCUCUAUCAGGAUCCCACGCUAGUAGCAGAAAUAAAAAAGUGUAGGCUACGCUGGGCAGGCCAUGUAGAAAGAGUGCCAAAUGAUAGGGGAGUGAAGAGGGCACAUCACCAAAACCCCAGGGGAAAAUGGCUCAAAGGCAGACCUAGGUUUAGAUUGAUGGAUUAUGUGGAAAAAGAUCUACAGCAGGUGGGAAUCCAAGCGUGGAAAAGAAAAGCAUUAGUUAUGUCUGAGUGGAAGGAAGUAGUGAGGCAGGCCAAAGCCCUAGAUCGGCUGUAGCUCCACAGGGAUGGAUGGACAGGGUUGGGGGCUGGGGUUGAAAAUUCGAUAGAAUGUGUUGUCAUUGGCAACGAGUCUAUGUGUAAAGUUUCAGCUCAUUAGGUUGACAGGAAGUGCCAUCCGAAGAUUUCACCACAAACCCAGACAGAAAGAAGCACACGCACAAAACAAAGUUAAUAUAAAGGAUUUUAAAAAAAAAAAUAAUUGAAAUUGCCCUUACUUGUUCAUUUAAGAUAAGAUAAGAUUCUUGAUUGAUCAAAAAAAAAAUGGACAUUUUUUUUUAUUACAUUGUACAUAAUCACGUACUGCACAUAAAUAAAUACAUAUUUUUAACCAAGACAGCAUUUUAUAAUAACAAUUUAAAUACAAGAUAUCUAAAGUAUUCUCUAGCGUAGAAAUCAACCAUAAAUGAACUCCUUCAGGGACACAAAUGACUUAAUCAUUUAGAUUUGGGGGAGCCCUCACUGGUAAAUUCAUACUGACUGGGGAACAAAAGAAUUUUUAUAUCUUUCAGUCCUAACUUUAAGAUAAAGGAUUCACCCUGAUCAAACUGAUCUUAGGUAUUCUAUAUUUACAAUAGAUGUUUUAUAUACAUGUACAUUGCCUAGAUAAUCUGACUGCUUACUUUGUUGUUUUUCCAUUGUGUUCCCUUCAUGUCACAAGCAAACAUUUCUUUUCAGGUAAUUUAUAAAUACUUUAAUAUAUGUACAUUGUAAUACUUCAACAUUUCAUAAUAGGAUCUUGUGUGUGCCACCCACCUUCUUGCUAAACUCUGUAAGAGGGAGCGUCUCAACUGCAUGGUGUUGAGUCUAUACCCGGGCAAUGAAGGCUACUCAAUCAUGCUGCGGUCUAAAAGUGGAGUGGAAUCUGAGACGAUGAAACUGCCAUAUGAGGUAGAAAUGUUAAUAUUCUUGCUGCAUCUCAGUUAAAGGGGUAUCAAACAAACUUAGCAUAGGCACAUCUUCUCAUCAGUAAAACAUACUCUCAUGGCCAGGGGAAACAUUGCUUCAAUAUUUUAAAGAAGAAAUAUACAUUUUUAAUAUUGAUUUCUUUCCUUUCAGUGCGGUCACUUGCUUUAAGUGCCUAUUUUCAUUGUUUGGGGUUUUUAAGACUCUUAAAGCUGAAGACCUUUGAUUUUGAAAACUGCUUGUAAAUUGAUAAUUCUCCUGCACUGUUUACUUUUUGAAGUUUACCACGAUAGCAAAAUUUUGAUUCGCUCACUACAUUUUUUCCCUUCAAAUUAUAUGCAUUUUUGAAAUUAUAUGUAACAUAUUUUGUAAAAAGACUCAUUAAGUUUUCAAAUAGAUUAAUUUUAAAAAAAAAUUCAUUUCAAAUUUAGCCUUUUACUUUUAUCAGCAUUCUAUACAUUUUUGUUCGUUUUUAAAAUUGGUUUGAAUAAUAGAUUUCACAAAUUAUUUAUAAAAUUUUAAAAGACUAAUCAUACAGAAUUUUUUUUCCUUUUCAGGAAUCAGAAAUCUUAGAGUAUGUUGAUGCAGCCCAAGUAAGACCAUUGAAUAGACUUUCUAAAUGAAAUAUAUUUUUCUAUAUUACUCAAACUUUAUUUUAUCUACAUGCAGCCAUACAAACAAUAUUUUAAUUUUAAAAAAAGGAAUUUAUUAUGAAAAAUUACCUCCUCAGUUGCCUCCUUUCCUUCUAGAUCUUUUGGAAAAAGCUCAGGUAACACAUUUUUCUUUAAGUCUUGAUAUUCUUUGAAAAGAUAUAGAUUUAAAAAAUAAUUAAUAUUUUCAGUCUUGUAAGUAACAUUUUAACUGUCACUUUAACAUAUUUUGCCACAUGGUAGUAUUUAUUAAUCAAUAAAUAGUUAAUUAAAGAUCUUACGUUUUAAAAAAAAAAAAAAAUUGCAAUGAAUAAAUAAAAGUUGAAACCAUUUUUUAUGAUAACAUUACACUUAUAUUUUGACAAAGAUGAACGUGUUCUAUAGUGGCUGUGUGAUUGUAGAGGUGCGAGAUUACCGCCGUUCCGCCACAGGGUCACAUGACACACAGUAUGUCCUUCUCAGACCUUCUCCCCAGGUAGUUCAUUAUAUUUCUUGUGGCACAACAUAUAUCCUCUGUGUCCUAGAAUUUAAAAUAAAUACCAAAGAUGCCCAAGGGAUUUCUCCCUGUGUCUCGACUUGAUUAUUUGUUGUCUGCGUUAUAAUUUAAAAGUUCUGAUACUUGGUCUAAAAUGUCUGAUACCUUGUGUAAAAUGUGUCUGAUACCUUGUGUAAAAUGUCUGAUACAUUGUGUAAAAUGUCUGAUACCUUGUCUGAAAUUUAGUCUUGACACCUAAGCUGGGAUGAAACAUUUUCAUUUUACAUAAUGCACGCGUGUUAAAACUAACGCCAAAAAAACGUUUUUUCAAUAGAGAACAUUUUUUGUGUAGGGUCAUUAAUUUUGUAUAGGUCGAUACAAAUAUCACUGCAUAUGUCUUAGCUAAAAUAUCACUUCAUAUGUCUUAGCUAUAAUAUCACUUCAUAUGUCUUAGCUAAAAUAUCAAUUCAUAUGUCUUAGCUAAAAUAUCACUGCAUGUCUUCGCUAAAAUAUCACUUCAUAUGUCUUAGCUAAAAUAUCACUUCCUAUGUCUUAGCUAGGUCAACAAAAGCCUCAAUUGACAGUUGUUAGGUCUAUACAAGUAGAGGGUCACUAAUGUUAGAUAAGACAAUGUAAUUACUCAUGCGUAUAAAAAGUCAAAUAAUUUAUAUUAUUACAUUAAUGAUAGAUAAGUCCAUGUAAUUAUUCAUUCAUGUCUAAAGUCAAUAAAAAUAUUACUUCAUUAAUGUUAGAUAAGUCAAUUUUUUACUUCAAUUAGACCUGACAAUUUAAGUAUUAAUUCAUUAAUUACUUUCUUUUUUUUAAAAAGUCAUUGCUCAGAGACAUUACAGCCAUGAGUUGCGAUGGACACCCCUGGACACAAGAUGACCUGCUGCACCUGGAAAGUGAGCUUAUUCUAGCCACGGAAGAACCUCUCUGUUUGGACCCAUCACCGGCUGUGAUGUUUGUGGAGAAUGCCAUACAGUAUGAAGAGAAAUUCUUAAAUGACCCAGCUCUGAGGAGGUGAGUCUCCUUUUUAUUUAAAAUUAUUUAAAAUCUUUACCAGGCAUGUUCCCUGAGCUGUCUUGUGGGGGAAAAAACAUUUAUUUUCAAACAUGCAAUAUGCACUGUGUCCUGGGAAAAAAGAAAGGAACCCUUUUUAUGAGGAUGAAAGGUAAAAAAAAAAAAAUUAAAAUUCUAAAACUGGUUUUAAUUCAAACAUCAUGCUCUAAUUAUAUUUUUAUAAGGGAGCGUUCAUUAUUUUUGGGUGUAUUAAAACUUAUGAAUUAUUGAUGGCAAGGUUGUUUUGGGAUUUUUAAAUUUCAUUCACUCUCCCAGUGAGUGCCCAAAUGACUGCCUGGGCAUGUGAGUGGAACAAAAAAAACAGGUUUAAAGAGUUUAGUACCUUACAACUUUUGUAGUAUAAUUUUUGCACCCCAGCCACUCCUUCUACAUUUUUUAAAUUAACAUUGCUCCAAUUUUCAAUUGACAAAAAACAAAAUUCUGUUUAUAAAUUGUUUAAAAAAAAUUAUGCAUGAGUGUUGGAGAAAUGGGCAGAUAUCUUAAAAUAUGAAAUUUAAAUUGUUGGAAAAGUUGUUACUUUGUUGGUGUGCAAACACUUAUUUUACUAAAUUAAUAUUCCUUUUAUCUAUAUCAUUAGGUCUAUUAAGAAAAAUACACAGGCUGCAGUUAAUAGGAAACGUAAACUGGGGCAGGCCCCUGCACCAAAAGGCAUGCAGCUCUUUGACUUCUUGGCUAAGAAAAAAGAAAAAGGCAAACCAGUAGCAAGCACUGGCCUAAGUAAGGCAAGACUGGUAAGUAAAGCAGGUUUGAUUAGAAUCUCUGGCCUAAGUAAGGCAAGACUGGUAAGUAAAGCAGGUUAGAUUAGAAUCUCUGGCCUAAGUAAGGAAAGACUGGUAAGUAAAGCAGGUUUGAUUAGACUCACUGGCCUAAGGAAGGCAACACUUGUAAGUAGAGAAGGUUAGAUUAGAAUCUCUGGCCUAACUAAAGCAAGAAUGGUAAGUAAAGCAACACCCAACUUAUUUAGUGUUGAUUUAAAUACCACUUUUUCAUUAAGGUUUAGGCAGCAUGAGAUUUAUCAUAGGCCAUUGUAAGGGGCCAUCCAUAAAAGAUGUCACAUGUCUAGGUUGGGAAGGGGGCACAAAUAUGUGAUGAGGGUCUCUAAAUUUCGUUACAAAUUUGUUGAUGUGGUGUAGAUGUGGUCCCAAAUCUGCCAAAAUAGUGUGAUGCUUUUUUUUUUAUGAAUGGCCCCCUAACUCCAUUUUUGUGUUGGUACCCGGUAGCUAUUGUUGGGAUAUGAUUUAUAACAAAAGAAGAUAAAAUAACAGCACCAACUACCACAAGUUGUUCAUGAAACUGUAACAGUUCUUUGUGUCUUGAUUCUGCUCCUCCUUGAUUUCAGCUUGUUGAUAGUUUCAAAGAAAAGCCACAGCAGAAGCUUACAGUUCCAGAAUCCAUUGAUGUAAGUUAAUCAGGGCCAAUUUCUUCUGCUCUACUUCUUCAAACAUAGGUAGUAAAAUGGAAAGAAUAGGCAGUUAUUUGGUGUUGCUCGUUUGAUCUCAUUUGUGCUAUAAGGUUGUUAAAUUUUGACAUUUCACCAACCGUUUGUUAAAAAUAACAGAAUAGUUAAAACAAUGUUUCUUGCUUUCUUCAAAUAUUUGUGUGGUAUCAAAAUUUAAUUUUGAAAAGUGUUAUUGAGAAUAGUAAUACACUUGUUUUUUAAGGUUAUUCAUUCAUCUAUUCCAGGUGAAGAAAUUUGUUAAACUACCAGACCCUCCCCCUGCUGAUGGGGUGGUGAGUGGAUUGCUUUCCUUUUUACGCUAUACUUUAAUUUUGUGUCAUUAAAAAUUAUUUUUUUGGUCAUUGAAAAUAUAACAUAAAUUUCAAUUAUUUUUGAAUUGAUCAACUAUUUCCUUUGAGAAAUUAUUUGUCUGCAAAGUCAACUGUUCGGGUUAAAAAAACAUUGUUACAUCUCAGUUGAGCCCCCUUUGUAUUUAUUAUAAUGACAAGGUUCCAUGUUGUACUAUUAUUGGAACUAGCCAUAGCUUGAUAAACCAUGGCGGCCGCAAUGCAUGAACUUCCCAUUUAUUAAAGUUACUGGACAAUACAUGCUAUUAAAAAACUCACUUUAUGAGAAUCCCAAUUGGUGCUUACACCCCCCUCCCCUUUUUUACCCUUGGUGUACCAUCACUCCUGAGCUAUAUUAGUAUUCUAAUGUCCCACCCCCUUUUACAGCACAGAUUUAUUACCCCAACUAUUUCCAUAAAACAAAAGAAAAUAUUAUGCAUCAAACGCACUUGGGGUAAUUUUAAGAAUCUCAUUUCGCAUAGUUAUCUGUGAUUUUAUUUAGUGAAAUGAGUGCCAUCUGGUAGCGUUACUACAUUGUUGCAUAGAGAAUUAUGUAUUUUGAUUUUGUGCAGAUUUUUGUGGAGGAGCACACAAUGGAAAGGGACCCCACACUGGAGAGACACAUGAUGGCUAAAAUCAGCAUCUUCCAGCCUCAGCUGGGGGAUAAUUAUUUUGGGGAGUUUUACCUGGAUCAUGACUACACGCAGGGCCGAACGGGGGAGGAGGGGAGGAGGUGUAGGUAAGUGGGUUCCGUCUCUAAUUUAAUGGACUUCAGCAGCUUGUCCAGAUAGCUAUUCAGUGGUCUAAGUGAGUUUUAUAAGGGAUAAUUAAGAUAAGAUAACAUUCUUAUAUUGAUCCAAAUUAAUGGAAAUGUUUUUUUAUUACAUUGUACAUGUUCAUUCUCAGCACAUACAUUUAAACAUAUUUUAACCAAGUCAACAUUUUACAAUUAGAGCAAUUAAAACACAAGACAUCUAAAGUAUUUGUCAAAAUAUUUAAGUUAUUUCUAGCAUAAAAAUCAGCCACAAAAUACAAAAAAAAGAGUUUUUUUUAGAAUCAUUAGCUGUUUAAUAGAUAGCUAGUAGUUGCUAAAAAUGUUAUUUCAAUUUUGACGCAUGAUCAUUUUUCAAAAACUCUAUUGUCUGAACAAAAGCUUUGCUAUGUUUUCUCAAGUUGUUGGCAACAUACCAAAUAACACCUUAUUUUAUAAACUCCCACCUCAUUGCUUUUCCUUAUAUUUUAGUCCUAGCUUUUGACUAGAAGCAAUGAAGCAAUAUUCACUUGCUUAAAAACUGACAAACUGCUUAUCUUUCCUUUUCAACCAGAUUUGUCAUUGGGUCAAGACAAUGUGUUGAUAGGUGAGUAAAAUAUAUAAUUUCGUCUUGGUGGUUGGAUGGGGGGGGGGGGGGGGGGGGGGGGGGGGUGCUUUAUUAGAUGCUUUAUGGUACUAGUAUCAAAAAAACACCUUGUUGUCUCGAAUUCCAUUACUAAUAAAUCAGAUUUUUAUAAAGAAAUAUUUUAAAAAAUUAAAUUACUUUUAAAAUUAAUAAUCCUUAUUGAUACACAAAAUCUAUGGAACCACCACACUGAAGUUGAUAAUGGACAAUUUUGAAAUAUGUUUUGUCAUAUUGAUCAAAUGACUUAUUUAUCAAAAACUAUUUUAAUUUUAUUAUUAUGUUUUUAUUACUAAAUUCUAGGUAUCUCCAACAAUUCAAGGACCUGUUUACAGAGGAAGGAAAGCUGCAAGUGAAAAUUGCAAUUGUAAAAGCCAAUGAAACAACUCCAACAAUACACUACACACAGGUAAAUAUACUCAUCAGACAAAACUUUCUUGUGUUCGUAGCAAUUAAAGAUGAGCUUUAAUCAAAUCCAGUAGUUAAAAAAAACAUUGUAGCUACAGGUUAAACACAGAGUACUGGUGCAUGAAUUAAUUUUAUUUAUUGCUUAAAAGACAAAACAUUUUGCAUGAAUUAUCUUUAUUUAAAUGAUUCUUUCUUGAGUCAUCAUUUAAGCGGAUGGACCCCUAUUAUUUAAAAAAAAAUCAAAACUUGCUUAUAGCUAUAAAGAAGGAUGAAUUUACAAAUAAUUUUUUUUUUUCAAAAGGGAAAAUUAAAUAUUUUUUUAACUUUUUACUGCCAAAACAAUACUUACAUGAUAAUGAAGACAUUUUAAUAUCAUUGAGAUUCAACAUUUCAUUAAAAAAAAAAAAUUAACAAGUCUGUUCCCAAUGGGUAGCAUUUUAAUGUGAUUAUUUUUUUACACUACAACCAUGUUAUAUGUUCGUUUAUGUCAUAAUGUUGAGUAAUUCUCAUCCAGGUGAUGCCCCAAGCAACAGCCAUACAGAACCUGACCCCCACAGCCAUCACCAUCAACAAUGCACAGACUUUGAUCAAACAGGUGGCAGCCAGUCAGCAGCUUGUCAAGGCCUCAGACAUGGGCACAGUGGCCAAUCUGGCGGCCAAGAGGAAUAUCCCCAUACAGCUGUCCUUGUCCUUAAGCCCAGCUGUUAGCCUAUCAACCUCACAGGGUAAAGUAUGAAUGUAUGGGGGGGAGGGGGGGAACAGAUCGCGCUGGCUUAAGGUAGAACGCAGGAAGGAAUUUUGUGACUGUAAAGCAGAUUUUAUAUAAGUACAACACAGUAUAAAUGUAACUGCAUAGAAGCUUAAAAAAACUGCACAGUGUAAAUAUGACUGCAUGGCAACUUAAAAAGCUACACUGUAUAAAUAUGAGUGCAUAGCAACUUAAAAAAUACAGUUCAUGAAUAUGACUGUGAAGCAGCUUUUAAAAAUACACAGUACAAAUAUGAUUGCAUGGCAGCUUAAAAUAAAGUACAACACUGUAUAAAUUUGUUUACAAUAGCAGUUUAAAGUACUACAUAGGGUUUAUGAAUGACUUUAUUAUAAUAAUAAAUUAUUCUAUAUAAGGUAUCAAUGAUUGUGUAAAAAAAGUACCAAAAUAGCCUUAUUAACUUCAAUCCAGGUAUAUUUGCUCAAGCCAGUGCUGGUGGCAUACCAUCAUCUCUGUCAGCACAGUUCAUCGCCUCAACUGUACCAUCAGGAACAAUCAGCAUGACAGCCCAGAGGAUUAAGGCCACGACCAAUUCCAGCCAACAGCGGUGAGCCACAGUAGCAUAUGUUCAGGCUGCAGUUUUAAUGACUUAUUGUUGUAAAGUGUCUAUACAAUAAUUUUCUCAGCAUCAGGGUAUGCAUUCAUUUAUUUUUCUAUUCACAUGCAGGCCAAACUCAUCACCACUAGCAAGUCCAGCUACAACACCCAAAGUUUCAACACGUAAGAUGUUAAAAUUAGCAUGAAAUCUGUUCAAUUUUUAACAUUGUUUUUUAUCAACUUUUAUAAUCAGCUACUCGAUUGUUUGUUUAUAAUUCUAAAGAUCCAAUGUAAAAUUUAAAUUUUUAUUGCUAUAAAAAAAAAUAUCAUGCAUAUGACCCCCCUGUGUUCGCAGACUGUACACAGUAAUUACUUUUGUCCUCUUUGGUGGCUGGAGUCUUUCACUGUGGAUUCCCGCCUCCCCAUGAUUUGAUGCAAUGAUUUACUGACAAGUUCAUUCCGGCCGACUGUUUUAUCAUAGCUGAGGGUGAUUCCUUUGUGCUUGAAUCUGAUGUAUCCCAUUCAUGAAGAAAGACACACCACUUUUCCUCCACAGGGCGUCCCUCAUUUUUAAGCAGGAGAGAGUUGAAUCUAAAAAUAUUUUAUAAACAUCCAUGUUACCAUUGAUUCUAAACCUACCUUAGUUUUCACAAGUCCAUUUUAACCCUUUCAUUACUGCUGGUUUUGGGGGCAUCGAUUUUUGAUGACUCGACAAUUAAAAAACAAACUGAAAGAAGAAACUUCUGGUGUUUUUUCAUUCUCUAUCCAAUCCGCUUAUUAACUUCUCUGUUAAUUAACGAAUAAAGAAAUAUAUAGCACUGAAAUACGACAUCCACGUGACGUCCUUGGUAUUUCAGAAAAUGUAUUUGCCUCUUUCUUAUGAUGACAAUGUGACAUCCUUGGUAAAUGAAAGUGGGUGAUCGUGACGUCAGUGGUAACGAACAGGUUAAUGAUUUGCUUGUUUGCUUGUUUUAAAAAUGCAGAAAUCAGUGUGCGUUAAUAUUAUACCACUUCAACAGCCCAACAGCCUCACUUACCCACAUCCGCAUCCAUCAUGGCCAUCCCCAAAGCCCCCACCCCAACGCCUGCCCAAACCCCACCCCCAAAUGCGCGCACCCCAACUCCCACUCUGGCUGGGUCACGUCGUGCUUCAGGCACUGAACAGCAGAUGACAUCUCUGGGACAGCAGCAGGUGCAGCAGCAAAGCCUAGCCAACUUCUUGCAAGGUGAGGGUGACACCAAGACACUUUAUCUCCUACACGGUAAAGCUUUUUUUUUUUUAUGAGUAGAUAGUGGAUGUAUUAAGAUGUGCUCAAAAUUAUGACAGCUCAAUUCAGAUACAAGCAUAUUAAUGUAUUUUUGCUUCAUGCAAUACAACAAUUUAAAAAAAAUAAUUUAUCGUUUUGAAACAAUAUUACUAAAUCAAGAUGAUUUUUAAUAAAAUAAGAAACAUUUGUCUAUUAGAAAUAUGGUCAUUGCAACUCUCUAAACAUGUAAUUCCAAUUUUUUUCAAAACACCUUUUUCUUUUCUUAAUUUUAUUUCAUUCACAUUUAUUAACUUUUUUUCUCCCCAUUUAUUUCAUAACUUUUUUUUGUUCUUAUUUAUGAAAAUUUUUUCCUUCCCAUUUAUUUAUUAAUUUUUUUUGUUCCCAUUUAUUAACUUUUUUUUCUUCUUAUUCAUGAAAUUUGUUCUUCUCAUUUAUGAACUUUUUUCUUCCCAGUUAUAAACUUUUUUUUCUUCCCAUUUAUUUACUUAUUUCUCUUCCCAUUUGUUUACUUAUUUCUUUUCCCAUUUCUUACACUUUUUUUAUAACUUUUCUUUUCUUCACAUUUAUUAAGAUGUAGAGCUUCAUUGUAUCCUCUAAAUUCUUUUAAAAUUGCAUUAGUGGAAUGUUCUUUUUAUGCUCCAACCAAAUGUUUCAAAUAAAUCAUGUCUGAAUGUCUCCUGUAACUGUAAAUUUGUAAAACUUGACUGAAGCGUUUAGAGAGUUACUGUGGCAGUAGCAAAUCUGAGUGUGCAAAAGCUGCCUAAUUAUGAGCAAAAUUAAUAUUUUUGUGUCAAAUUUGAUUUCAACUAUAUGAAUAUUUACACUUGUUUGUAUUUUUGGUCAUAUUUAUAUGCAUAAUUUCAUGACAAAGUUUUAUCAAGAUUUUCAUAUUAUCUUCAUAUAACAUGUUAAGAUAAUAGAUAUGUGUAAAAACCUUUAAAAAUUUGUCCCAAUUAGUGUUUACCCAAGACAAGUUAAGAGAUAUGUUCAACUCGCAUUACGAUUUGGCCAUGGCAUUUAUUCAUUUCUAUAAAAAUAAAAUACUUCAAUGGUUUCAUUUUCCUCUCCCUUUUUUUUUACCAUUUUUUGUUUUUACCUCUGAAGGGCUUACAUCUGGAACAGGACAGUCUAAUACAGGUGUGUAAUUGUAAUCUUCCUACAACAGGCCUGCACAACAUACGGCCCGUGGGCCACAUGCGGCCUGCCAGCACCCACUUUGCGGCCCGCGAAGUAACAAACUAUUCUUUAUUCUUAUUAUAUUCUUAAUAGCAGCCCCCCCUCCCCAUCUUAUUUAUUAUUUUUUUCUUUUGGCCUGCACAAGUUUUUCAUAAAGUAUUACGUCCUGCCUUACAUUUUUAGUUGUGCAGGCCUGUGCUACAGCAAUAAAAUGGACUAUGAGAGGUUUAUACUAAAAUUACAAGAUUGCCCAAUCUAGACAAAGGCUAAAGUUUUUUUUAUUAAAAAAAAAUAUUAAAGUGAUAGUUUCAUUUAAAACACAUUUUAGUUUGAAAACAUAACACAAAUGAACCCGCUAUAUAAUAUAAUUUGUUCUAGGUGAUGGCCAGCAGCAACAGCAGCAGCAAAGUGGUAUCACCAACAUCAGCAUCGGUAACCUCAGCAACCUGCCAUCAAACAUCAACAUUCAGAACUUGGGGAUACCUGGAGUGAACAUCCCAGGCCUGCAGCAGGUAUGCACUUGAAGUUUCUAGCUCAACGCUAAUUGGCUUAUUCUAGAUAAUAUUCUUAAUUACUAAAAAAUAACCCGUCAAACAAUGGCUUCCCAUGUACUUCCCAUGUAUUAAAGUUACUUGCGAAAUUUAUGCAUUCAAGUAACGCAGUUUAUAAGAAUCCCAAUUAGUGCUAACUUUGGGGAAGUUUAUUUUUGGGGCCUAUUGAACCCAGUGUUACAGCCAUACAUAUGUAUGUCCUGUCCUGGGAAUGAUUAUUUGUGAUUAAACAUUUUUUUUUUAAAGGUAUCAAAGAAUAUUUAAAAAAUUAUGAUCAGGACCAUUAUGUGUCAUUUCAUUUUUGAAUUUUAACCAUUCACUGUGCAAUGGGAUGGAAACUUAUUUGAGUGACAUACUUUUUGUUAAAUGAGACAUUUUUACAUGUUGCCUUGUGAAAGCAAAGUGGAUGUGGAUACAUUACUUAGUACUGGCAAGAUGUUAUAAAUGUUCAAUUCCAACCUGCAGGUAUCACUGGCUCAGAUAGCCGUCCCCAUUACCAUGAUCAACAACAACCCUUCAAUUCUACAGGCUCAGUCUGGAUUACUGGUAUGAAAACCAUCUUUUUGUUAAAUUAAUUUUUUUCCAUUGAUUUAUUCAAUUUUUAAAUUUUUUUUUUUAAUUUUUAGCUCAAAUCUUUUUUAUAAUAAUAAUUAUUUAAAAGUCUUUUAACGCAAGUUUAGGGUAAGGAUAGCUCCUGGAUUAACGUAACAAUUUUUUUUUCUUUACCAGGGGACAGCCUCCACCACAUCUGGUUCCAACACUGCCACAUUCGUUACCAUGGUAACAGCACUUCAGGCCUCCACUUCCAACACAUCCACAAGUACUAGCAUGUCAAUGUCCUCACAAAUACCGUCAUCUUCAGGUAGGAUUGUUUGUUUCAGUUUUAUCAGCUAACCAGCCCUUAUAAUUAAGUCUUUGUUGUUUUGAAAACAGAUGUAUAUGCCCCUUGAUGAACACUAGGACUUGAUUUUAGAAUGAGAUCAGACUAAUACAAAUUAUUGUAUCUUUGAGGCGGUAUCCCAUCAUUGUUAAAACUAGUUCAAAGAAUUAUAUAUGUAAAAUAAAUUCAAUGCAAAUAGACUAUCAAAUUAUUAUUCUGAAGUUGACCAAAUUAGGUACAGAGCUAAGCGGGUGAUCAUCAAAUUAGGAAUAUUUUAUAAAAGGAUUAAUUUUUGUAAAACAAACAUAAAAAAUGCCUAAAUGAUGUCAAUUUCAUAGUUUGAAAAAUUUCUCUGAGUCAGAAACAAAAGCUCUUGACGAUCUAUUUAACAGAUCAAAAGAUAUUUGGCUUAAUUAUUAUUUUUUUAAAAAUAAAUGUUUCUUUGAAAAAAAGUUUUUAUUAGACAUUAGCUGAAAGAAUCCCCCAAUCCCUCUUGUUAAGUACCAAUCUCAUCCAGUAAAGUACAUGCCAUUUCAUAUACUUAACAACAUCCACCUUCCUGAAUUACAUUCUCCAGGUUCUGGCAUGCUCUCAUUUCCCAUGGGCUUGAGUGGACUCACCCAACUGAUGCCUGUCACAUCAAAAACCCAAGGGGGACAAACCAUUCGAGGAUCAACUAUGCCUCUGCUCCAGGUACUUAAAAAUUGCUUAAUCAUUUAAGCAGAUCUUCUUUUUUUUUUAAAGACGGCCAUUUCAUAUUACAUUGAGAAAAAGACCAAAAAUAUUGUAUCUUUUGAAUUAGCCCUUUAAAUAUCUAAACACAUAUAGUCAUAGAAGAAGUUGACAGCUUACAGCAAUUCAAACCCUUUAAUUAUCUAAACAAAUAAACCCAUAGAAGUUGAUGGAAAACAGCAAACAAUGUGCAAAUGUGUUGGCAUAGUUUCUAAAUUCUGCUUCUGUAAUAAAAAUUUAUCUUCAAAUCAGGGUUUGAUUGAAAGUUAGUACUCCUGUAGGUUUUGGUGUUAAAUCAAUGUAUUCAGUCAUAAAACAUUUGGUGGAGACAGAGUUGCAGGAUAUGAAAUAAGAUUGUUGGACUGUGAUAAAGCUGUCAAGCAGAUUAAUGAGAUACAAACAAUUUUUGUAAAUAAGACAAUAUAGGUGAAGCUGUAACAGAAUGGUUAAAUGUAUUGGUUAAACAGAAUACAAAUGCAAACGUUAUGGCCAAUCCCUUCAUCAAUACACAAAAAAAACACAAAAAACAUUGAUAUAAGUGUACAUUAAAUUUACGUAAUAUAUAUCUGUGAAUCCGAUAUAAAAAUGAAAGAAAAGAAAUGAAUGGGCACAAGUCCCUUAUAAAAACAAAGCUCAGCAGAAUGGCAAGGAUGGAAGUAAAAUUUAAAAACCAAACAGGAAAAAGAUAUUGCUGCUAUGUAAAAUUGUGAAUUUGCUUUAUACUAUGUGGAGUCAAUGUGCCAAAUCUUGUUAUUAAUAUUUUUUCCAUAAAAGGGUAUGAAAUAGUGUCUGACAUUUGUCUUAAUUUUGAUUCAGCUCCAGGGGCAACAAGGACAGAUCCAGUUGGUCAGCCUACAGCAACAGCGUGGUCAAGUUAAGCCUGGGACCUUGACCACUGGCCAGCAUGGAGUCACAAGACUGACCCAAGGGACAACAUCCUCUGUCCCUCUGUCUUCAGGUAACAUUUGUUAAACUCUAAUUUCUUCUGGAACAAAGGUUUAGUUUAAGUUUAACACAUCUUCUUGUUUUUAAUGAAAUGGCAGCACUUGAUGGAUAGAUGGAAUGAGAGAAAUGUGGGAACUCAUGGUAAUUAAGAUAUAGAUAAGAUGGAAUAAGAAAGAUGUGGGAACCCAUGGUAAAUAAGAUAUAAAGAUGGAAUAACAGAAAUGUGGUAACCCAUGAUAAAUAAGAUAUCGAUAAGAUGGAAUGAGAGAGAUGCGGGAACCCAUAGUAAAUAAAAUAGGGAUUAAAAAUAGCUAAUAUUAGUUGAACAAUUUUGUAUGUAGUUUUUUUUUUAAUAUUACAAAAAUCUAUCUGCUUGUGUGUUGCACCUUAAAAUUUGGAGUAAUGUCACAGUUUAUAUUUUAUAUUUUGAUUAUAUCAAUAGCUUUGUAUAUUUAUAAUUCAAAUAGCUUGAUAUUUUAAUAAUUCCAAUGGCUUGGGGAUCUAGGUCUUGACACAAUUAGAAUGAUUUAGUUAUCAGUAUGUUUAAACUGAUGUAGGAAAUGACACAAGUGGCCAUUGUCCCACUUCUUUGAUUUUUACAAAUAGCAUUUAGAAACGUUUAUACAUUGUAACAAAAAUAAGUCAAGAUAUAGCAACAGCAAAAAUUAAGUAAAAUUGAAAAUGAGAGGCUUCAAAACAAAAAACAGAAGUUAUAGCAGUUUUACACAAAUUUGUUUUUACAUUCAGAACACUAUCUUUUGUGUCAUGCCUGGCAAAUGAAUGUCCCAUGUAAAUGUUGCUUUGAUUUUCUUCAUAUUAGUACUGACAAGCCAACAAAUGACGGCUCUAGGUGUCGGAGGAAAGGCGGGCCAAGGAGGCGGGGCGACAAUCACAGCACAGCAGCUGAUACAACUGGCUGGCGGAGCAUCAGCAUCUCUCGGUCAGGGCACCUCCCAGCUGGCCACUCACGUGACAUUCCAGAAAGGUCAAGGGGGUGGAUCUCAAACCCUCCAGUUCCAUCCCCUUCCACUCAAACCAACUGGAACCACUACUAUAGCCCAGGCACAGAGUACUUCAAAAAGUAAAAGCAAAAAAAGGACAACCCCGACGCCUCCAACAAAAUAGUUAUUACUAAAUCUAAAAUUUGAUUGGCAUCGAUUAUGAAAUAAAAAAAUAAAUCCUGCUGCUCCAUGCUGGAUACAGAAGGUGGAGAUGAUUUGUAUAAAUUCUUGUGUGGACAGAAGGAAGCUGUUGGCAGAAUUAGAAUUAUUUAUCUUUCUGCGCUUGUGAUUUCUGUCAUAUGAAAUAUGCAAAGGGUAUAGGAAAACCUAAAUGACAAUAACAGAAAGUGAACGUUUGGGCCAAAAAGCCCAGCAAAAACAGUUCUGUCACAUUGCUUGAAAAAAAAAAAAACGUUACAAAAAACAAUAUUAUUCGAUUUAGAUUUUUUUGAGGCUGUGUCUUUAUUUAAACAUUUCAAUGCCUGCAGGACAUAUUGUUUUGACUAGUUGAACUUCUACUUUGUUCUUUUCAUCUCACAAACUGACUUCAUCAGUGCAAAGUUUACCAUAACGGUUGCAAGAGUUACAUUGUCAAAGUCAAGCCAGAGCAUUGGAUGCUGCAUUGGAUUAAUUUGAUACUGUGUUGUCAGCAUAGGAGUUUGAGGACAGUUUAGCAUUUUCAUCCCGUUUUAAAUGCAUCUUUCCUAGAUUCCUAUAUUUGUUAACUUGAUAUACAUUUUGUGUUUUGACGUCAGUCUGGCUUAUUUAAAAGAAACAAAUCAUGUAAAUAUCACCAAUUGAACAAAGACAGUUUCUUCAUAUAUGUACAUACUGUAAUAUUAAAUGCUAAUACUUUUAAUUGUGAUGUUUGAAUUUAAAAGACACCACAAAAUGUUCAGCUGAUGUGCUUUGACCAGAUCCAUAUUUGUUCAAUGAAUUUUUGUUAUUUCAAUUCGCUGCAUGGAUGUUUUUUUGUUGUUGAAGAGUUAAAGUUAAAGGAUCCAUUGGCAAGCUUGUACAUUUAUACAAAAAAUAUUUUUUAUCAGUAAAUUUUUAAUAAUAGAAUAACAAUAUUUAUACAGAAUUCCUUUAGUUAGUUGGUGAUAACUUGAUUAGACUCAACAAAAUAAUGUGUCUUUGUUUUGCAACCAGCCCUGGAUUAUUUUAGGUCUUGUCUUAUUCCUAAAAGCAGAUGUUUUUAUGGAGAAUUAGCUGGUUACCAGCCAUCAGAUACCCCC